AUGACUGAAUGUCUCGCCAUGGUGAUCCUUAAUAUCAUCACCAUUAUUGUGUUUGUGAAGCAGCGCCAGCUACAGCGCCGGAGCACCUACUUAAUUAUUCAUCUGGCGGUAGUGGAUCUCUUAACAGGAGUAGUUUCGGGGCCUCUGCAGAUUGAACGAAUCGGAAGCAAUGAUCAUCUACGGGAGUACAAUCGACCCGAUAUCUCCUAUUUAUUAAUACUGGAAAGGAUAUUUGGGUAUUUAUUUCCAGUUAUUUCUUUUCUUAUUCUCGCUUUUAUUUCAGUUGAAAGGGUACAUGCAACAUUUUGUCCAUUCAGGCAUCGUUUUAUUACGAGACGGUUCUAUAGACUAAUUACAGCAGUCAUUUGGUUAGUACCUCUAGCAGUGAGAACGGCACAAGCAUUGAUGAUCCACUUUUUUAGUCUCUCGAGCAAUAAUUUCAACACUUCUAUCAUCUAUUUAUCAUACUUCGUAGUUCUAUUUGUUGUCAUCUGUGUUUGCUAUGUUCUUAUUUACCUCAAAGUUCGUUUCAGUCGUUAUCCUCAACACCAUGGUGCAGCCGACCUGAGAGAAAGAAAACUGACCAGCACAUUGUUUCUUGUCACUCUUGGAUCGUUAUUAACUAUUCUUCCAACAAUAAUAUUUAUAAGUUUAUUAGUAUUUCAUUUCGAAUUUCUUAGGAGUUUUUCCCGAAAGUCGUCCUUUAACUUUCUUCUGGUGAUGGAUUUGCUUUUUUUCACGAACUCGCUCAUAAACCCUAUAAUCUAUGCCGUCCGAAUGCCCAAAGUGAGAGCAAGUUUAAUACAACUUUUAUUCUGCAAGUCUUAA